AUGAAAGCAAUGCUUCAUACAUUGUAGAAGAGAGGAUCUAUGACUUUGAUAGAGCCGUAAGUUUUGGUUAUUCAAUAACUAGGAUUAAUGAUGGAAUGGAUAAAGUGUAAGAGAAACAUCAGGCAGUAUAAAGUUAUGUGGAGUAAGUUGAUUAAAAAACUGUUAUAGCAAUAGAAAGAGAAGUUAUUUAAAAUAUUAAUUUAGGAAGAAAGAGUGAAUCAGAGAUAUUUUCAUUUGAUGAACUAAUUGGAAAGAUUGAUGUUCUAGAUCUAAAAGCUUGAGGAAAAGAAGCAAUAACAAAAAGAGUAUGUUCUCCAGUUUAAUUAGUCUUGAUAACCAUCCCGCAGUGAAGGAAAUGGUUUAUGAGUUGCAUAAAUUGCAGAAGUAUUAAAAAGCCUUAUAAGAUAACCAUGCAAAAAUGGUGGAACAGAUUAAACUAAACAAUUUAACUAUUUAGUAGUUGAAAUAAACAGUAUAUUAAAAACGAGUUGAAAUAAGAGAUGUUGUAAGAGAUUCAUUCAGAUUGCAGGAUGAAAUAAAGAAAGCAAGGUAAGAAAAAAGAGCAAUUUCGAGUAUUUUAUUAUUACUAACCAGUUGUUAGGGAUAGUGCUGAUAUGUUUCUCACCAUGCCUGCAACUAACAUACCCAAACCUUCUAAUCUGCCCAACAUCCCAUUAAAACAUAAAUCAAAGAGUACUUUGUUACAUAUAAUGAGAAAUGCUCAAUCUCCUAAUCAAUAAGAGGUAUUUCAAUUUAGAGUAAUAGAAAAUCAAAGACAUAGUGUUGGUGUAUAAUCAGGUUUAGCAAUUAAGAAAGAAAGCAGCAUAAUCAACCUAGAUAAUUUAGUAAGUCACAAAUAAGUAUUGCUAAAUAAAAAAGCUAAUGAGUGAAUGUGCUAUGAUUUCAAUAUAGAACUUCAAAAAUAGAUAAAAGAUAACUAAUAAAAAUGGUUAUGCAAAUUCUAUAUAUUUUGACAUGAGUACGCUCAAUAUUAGCAAGAAUGAAAGCAGUAUCAUAAAAGAGAGAAAAAUAUAAAAUAUUUUAUAUGAUACAUUAUAGUAAAUAAUGAUUGAUCUAAUUGAUUCACGAUAGAAGACUGAUUUGAAUGGAUCAUCUAUUGCGGAUUCAAUGUAUUUCUAAUGAUUGCUAUAUAGAAUACGAAAUUCUGUAUCUUAGGAAUAAUUUAUGCAAUUUACAUCUGUGUAGAUCUUAGGAUUGCUGGCAUUAUAGCCAAGGUUGUUGACUGAACUGAUUGGCAUAUUCGAAUUGAAGUAGAAAUAGAUAGGAUUACUAUGUAAUAAGACAAGACAAUUUUAUAAGCAUUUGGGCUUACAAUGA